UGGGAAACACGAUGUCUGAAUUGCGUGGUAGUUCAUUGGCUGCUUUAUUGACCCUUUUUGUAUGUUGACCAAUUAUUAUUCUCCUUUGAAGAUAGUAGCAAAAUGGUCGCCAAUUGGAGUUCGAUAAGUCAAAUAACUCGCAAUUUAAUUGGUCAUUCACGUGUCGGUAUUACUUUGUUUUGCGUGUGUUCAAUCGUUAUUGACAAAAUGUAUUUCUGAGUGACAUAAUUACCGACCAUUUAGCGCCUCGCCGGCUUUGCUCUCGUUGGACGAUUUUAUUGUUGUAGGCGUGUCUUGAGAAACUAGUGUUGUUUUGUGAGGAGAUGAAAAUGGCGGCGGAUGGCUGACCGCCGUCUUUAUCGGAUAUUAUACAUAACUGCGAUUUAAUAAACCAGCGUUCUCUGUCGAUUUUAACAGAACGUCAUAUCAUUUAAUAUGACCAGGUUUUAAGGAUUUUCUAAACUCUUUGGUUGAUUGGAGUUUUCCAAAAGACAAAGCGGAAAGUUCCUUUGGAAAUAGAUUUCUCGCUGUCUGCUGUUGCAUUUUAAAUUUACCGUUCGUUUUAGUUCAGCGAACAGUUUGUUCAGCAUAAUAAGAUAGUGUUUGAACUACAUGCCGCAAAUAACCCAGGACUGGUAACCCCCCUCACCCCCUAAAACUAGCCAGACAAGUGUCUAAAUUGUGUCAUUAGUAAGGUACUCUAUAGCUAACGUUAGCUAUAACACGCUAAGCCUUACAUAAUGAACCCCACUACAAUCCCAGAUGCAAUAUUGGCGCUAUCAACAAACUAAAGUUUGCGAGCUAAUCCCAUUCUCUCGGUAGGGUUUUGUUUUGGUGAUCGACAACAAUGCUUCCCUGUGGUGGGGGAUAGCUAGCCAAAUAUGCUAGCCUCUACUUUACUAUUUCACUAGCUAUGUCCUAGUGGUAAUUAUCUGCUGUUAGCUGUACAUAACAUAACGUUGCAAUGUGUAAACGCUCGUACUUUGUUUUAUACGGUGGUUUUAGUCAAAUCAAAAUGUAUUAACUUGGCUACGUUGCUGACUGUAUUUUAGAUUUAGUUUGUCAGAUUUGAAAGGCUUUUUUUUAUUGUGGACAUAAAUAUCACACUACUAGAAAUAAAUAGAUAAAUUAAGCUGCAUUUCCAAUCACGAGUUAGUUGUAGUGUUCAGCUGCUUGACAGCGCAGUCAGGUACCCACGUGUAUCGGCGAACCGCCUACCAAAGCAGUCCACUGUCUCAAGUGACAGUCAUAAAACAUGGAAGAUAAGCGUCGACCAAGAUUCAGCAAGCGGCUGCGGUCGGGCACGCGGCGGCGCUACCAUGACGAUGGGAUCUCGGACGACGAGAUAGAAGGGAAGAGGACCUUUGACCUGGAGGAGAAGCUGACGAGUGAGAGGUUCACCUCGGACAGGGUCAAACGCAUGGAGGGGAAAGACCUCACGUUUGAGUACAUCCAAAGAGGUGGGUUGAGGGACCCGAUCAUCUUUGAGAAGCCAGACGGACUGGGCAUCAAGAUGCCAGAUCCAGACUUCAGUGUGAACGACGUCAAGAUAUUUGUCGGCAGCAGGCGUAUGAUGGAUGUGAUGGACGUCAGUACUCAGAAGGGUAUAGAGAUGUCUAUGGCCCAGUGGAGACGUUACUACGAGACGCCCCCCUCCCAGAGGGACAAACUCUACAACGUCAUCAGCCUGGAGUUUAGCCACACCAAGCUGGAGAACCUGGUCCAGAGGCCUGCAUCGGUGGACAUCAUAGACUGGGUGGACAACAUGUGGCCUCGGCACCUGAAGGAGAGACAGAGAGACUCCACCAACUCCAUCACAGACAUGCAGUACCCCAAAGUGCAGAAGUACUGUCUAAUGAGUGUGCAGGGCUGCUACACGGACUUCCACAUAGACUUUGGCGGUUCCUCUGUCUGGUACCACAUACUGCGGGGAGGCAAGGUGUUCUGGCUGAUCCCGCCCACGCCUCAGAACCUGGAGCUGUACGAGGACUGGGUGUUGUCUGGGAAACAGGGAGACAUCUUCCUGGGAGACAAGGCCCAGGACUGUCAGAGGAUCGAGCUGAAGCAGGGCUAUACCUUCAUGAUCCCCUCAGGUUGGAUCCACGCUGUCUACACUCCAGUGGACACCCUGGUGUUUGGGGGAAACUUCCUCCACAGCUUCAACAUCCCCAUGCAACUCAACAUCUACAGCAUCGAGGACAGGACACGGGUACCAGCCAAGUUCCGUUACCCGUUCUAUUAUGAGAUGUGUUGGUACGUGCUGGAGAGAUACCUCUUCAGUCUGACCAACACCUCCUACCUCACGCCUGACUUCCAGAAACACUCCCUGGGCAUCGGUCUUACCAGAGACCCCUCCACCUGUGAGGCAGUCAACGGGCACACCCAGGAGGAGGAUGAAGAGGAGGCUCCCCCGGGCUCUAAGCCCGGGGUGAAGGUUCACCUCACGCCCUUUGAGCUGGAGGGGCUGUGGAACCUGCUGGGGAAGCUGGAGUCGUUGCCCUCACAGAAGAACUGUGUCCCGGCUGGCAUACACGAUGCUCCCGCUCUGCUGCACGACAUCCGGGCCCUGCUGAAGGAGCACGCUAAUGACAUCCCCAAACUGUCCUACACUGGCAAGCCCAUCGUCAAGUGGCCCAAGAGGCCGUCGUGGUACCAGCCCCCUCCCCCUCCUCCCCCGGUGGCUCGUCCCAAGCUGUCUGCCACGGUGGUGACCCCGCGACCCCAGAAGCCCGCCUCCUCCAUGUCUGUGCUGCGGCGGCGGCGCGUGCGGUGUAAGCGCUGUGAGGCGUGUGUCAGGACGGAGUGCGGGGACUGUAACUUCUGCAGGGACAUGAAGAAGUUCGGCGGGCCGGGGAAACUCAAACAGACCUGCGUGCUCCGACAGUGUCUGGCGCCGGGUCUGCCCCUGUCAGUGGUGUGUGAGAUCUGUGCAGAGGGUAACCAGGAGGGAGGAGAGGGGCCAGUCUUCGCCCUCACCCUCAUGGAGUGUUCCAACUGUGCCCAGAUAGCCCACCCCGCCUGCCUCAAGGUAACAGGGGAUGGUGUGGUGAAUACAGAUCUGCCCAGCUGCUGGGAGUGUCCCAAAUGUGUUCUGGGAAUCACAGACACUGAGGUGAAGGAGGACAAUAAUAAAAUGUUACACGCGAAACGCAAGUCUUCUUCGUAUCUCGACGGCCGCAUCGCCAAGAUCUACCGUCGCCGUGGUCACAGCCGAGACGACGACGACUCGGGCAGCGAUGAUGAUGAUGACGAUGAAGGCUCCAGGGGCGGAGGAGGCGCGGGACAGAAGAUGUCCGGCCCUCGCAGCAGUGGCUCCGCCUCUCGGAGAGGCUAUGGGACUGGGAGGCGGGGCAUUUGGAGAGGCUCCUCCCACAGAGGGGCAGGCCGCGGGAGUGGGCUUGCCCCUCACUCCUCCCUGAAGAUGAGGCGCGGCAGAGGAGGGCUGGGGGCGGGCCGAGGGGAUAGAGAGGGGGGGCGUAGGGAGAGGGGCGGGAGAGUGCGCCUCCGGGGAGGCACCAGGAUGCAGAGACGCAGGGACGAGUCAGAGGAUGACGACGAUGAUGAUGAUGACGACGAGGAAGAUGACGACAGCGAGGAAGAUCGGCAGCAUCACCACCGGCAACGCCGCAGGCGGAGGAGAACGGACGAUGAGGAAGACGACGACAACGAUGAGGAAGACUACGAUGAUGAGGAAGACAGCUCGGCCCGGGACCUGGAGGGGGAGGAUGAGGACGUGGCGGAUGAAGAAGACGAUGAGAACAGGUCAGACUCUGAACCAGAGCCUCCCGUCCUCCUGGUGUCUGACCUUAACGACGACCUCCUAAACGGCUCAUACCUGACAGUGACCCUACAGCGCCCCCCCAGGGCCAAACGUCACCCCGGCUCCAUCGUGCCCAAGCUGGAGGCCGCCAUGUCUCCCAGAACCCACGGUGGCGGUCCAGGUUACGUCCAGCAUAAAACCCUCGGAAAGACGCAGCACAAAAACGGCACGGUCGCCGCCGGCAACGGCCUGGCCCAGCCCGCCAAGAAUCCAGUCGGCCGGCCGCCUCGUCACCGUAUCAACAAUCCCCACGGUGACACAGCAGACAGGGAAAGAGAGAGGGACACUGCCUCUCAUUCCUACUCUGACUCCUCGGCCUCCCCCACCCCUCCCCACUCCUCCCACUCUCCUUCCUCGCUCCUGUCGCUUCCCUCCUUCAAGGAUGUAGGAAACGAGAAAGGAGGGGAGAAGGAGGUGUGGGUGGCGGUGUUCCGUUACCUGAGCCGAGCCGAGCUGGCUAGCUGUAUGGCUGUCUGUAAGGCCUGGUACAAAUGGAGUUGUGACAAGCGUCUGUGGAGUGGUGUGGAUGUAUCGCGGUGUCCCUCCCUCUCCUCCCAGGCCGUGCAGGGCAUCAUCAAACGCCAGCCCACCUCCCUGGACCUUUCCUGGACCCCCGUGUCCAAGAAACAGAUCACCCUGCUCAUACACCGCCUGCCAGGUCUGAAGGAGUUGAUGAUAGCAGGUUGCUCCUGGUCGUCCAUGUCAGCCCUGUCCACCCCCAGCCUGCCGUGCCUCCGUACCCUGGACCUGCGCUGGGCAGAGGGGGUCAAAGACACCCAGAUCAGGGACCUGGUCAUACCACCAGGUUGUGACAGUCGGUCUCGGCUGCGUGGCUGUGUGGCGCUGCGUCUAGCCGGCCUGGACAUCAGUGACUCCACCCUGAGGCUGAUUCUCCGUCACAUGCCCCUGCUAGAGCGGCUGGACCUGGCCCACUGCAGGGACCUCACGGACCAGUCCAUCUGCCUGCUCACCGCCGCCGGCACAAACACACGCAACACGCUCACGGAGAUCAACCUCGCAGGUUGUAACAAGCUGACGGACGGCUGUCUGACGUACCUGAAGAGGGCGUCUGGCCUGGCGCUGCUGGACCUGCGGGGCUGCAAAGGUGUGACGCUGCGGGGCUGUGAGGGCUUCAUCUCGGACCUCUCUCACUGCGUCCUGUUCUGUAUGACGGAGGAGAAACUCAUUCAGAGGAUAUCGUAAAACUCACCACGUUCUUACCCCUACGCAAGGGGCACGUAGAGACCCCGUGCCAGCCAGCCAGGCAGGGGGGAGAGAUGGGGAGCAGCCAACA